AUGACUGUCAGGUUGUUCAGGAGGUGCUAUACUAAAAAAGUUGAAGAUGCCUUUACCCGUCGGCUAGCAGAGCUGGAAUCCGACAUCGUCAAGAAGGACGAUGCUUUACUUGGUGAGGAGUUUCAAUCUUUGAUAGACAAGGAUCCACAGCUUUCGAAGAUACAUAGCGAGUUGGACCGAAAGGAGUACGAGCACAAGUACCAGCAUGCUAUACAUAGUGCUAAGAUCCCCUCCUAUGCCUCGAAACAUACUAAGGAUAUUGCGUUCUCCCAACCAUGGACUGGUGAAGAGAAAUCUCAUGAUACAACUCUCAGAAUGGUUAUCGAUAAGUACAAGCCGACCAAGUCCCAAGUUGAGGCUCGGAGGCUUGGUAAAGCAAAGGAGAGUGUACUCGACUUCCGUAUCAAUAAGGUGUCGGAUGAAGACUCCACAUUCAGAGCAAUAUAUCAUGAAAAGUUCACCCCCAUUGGGUCGUUUGACAAGAUCAAGACAUUGGCUGAUGCCAGGAUUGAAGAGGCAAUGAGACAAGGACAAUUCCAAAAUAUCCCUCGAGGAAAGAAGCUGGAUGUUGAGGUGAAGCCCUACAUCGACAGAACCGAGCAUCAUUUGAACAAUAUGCUAGUUAAGCAAAACAUUGUCCCACCGUGGAUUGAAAAGCAAGGUGGUGUCAACGGAGAGAUCUCAUCCUUCAGGAAGGAGGUUCAGGACAAAUGGGAAUCACAUAUACGGCACUUCUAUAACGAGGACCACAAUGCAAUGUUCAUGGAGUUCAAAAGACGAUGGAGAGGUAUCUUAGAGGCCAAAAUGGUCAAUGUAAAUAGCUCCAUACGGACUUAUAACUUACAGGCACCGUUAUCCACGCAAAAGUUUUACCUGUUGAUGGAUAAAGAGCUUGAGAGAUGCUUUGCCAAUGUUGAUGCUGAUGAUGUUAAUAAACAGCAUAAACUGCAAGCUGAAAGAUCACAGAGAGAAAAAGAGCAAGAGCAAAGCUCAAAAUCAAAUUCGUUCUCUUUGAAGUUUUGGAAGUGGAACGACUAA